AUGUAUGGUUAUUUUAGAGUAUUAAAUUCCUUUAUAUGUCAAGUCUUAAGUGGUAGAGAAAAGCUUACUGACAAGAUAAAUGAGUUGAAUCUUUUUACCCAUAAGCUGGCAUAACUUGGAAAAAAUCUGUUUGAACUUGAGGGGAAAAACUUCAAGUUUCUUAAAAAUAUACAUGCAUCAUAUCAUGAUGUUAAUUCACCAGCAUUAAUCAAGAAAAAGAAUAUGCUAAGACAUGAGCAAGUAAAUACAAGAAUUUUAAGAAGAGAUAAAGAUUCAAUAAUGACCGAGUUAAGAUUGACUAGUAAUUUUUCUCUUGAUAGUCCACACAUGAAGAGAAGAUCAAUUAAAAAACAAAGCAAAUCAAUCGAUAAUCUAUAAAUCACAGACUCUGACAAUAAAUCAUUUGAAGACUCAUCAUCUUCCUCAUCUAAAUAAACACCUAAGAGAGAAUUAACAGGACAAAGAACAUCAAAAAUUGAUUAUUUCAAGAGCAAAGAAUUUUCAAUCAACCACAAUACAUAAAUGUUUGACUCAAACAUAAAUGCAAUAAUUAAUGCUGAAUAUGACUAGAAACUCAGUAUCAUUGAGGAAAAUAUCAGGGGUGAGGAUACUACAAGUGGAAAAUUAAGGAUUCCAUAUAAUUAGAAUAAAUCUAAGUUCAUUGUAGUUAAAAACAACUUCAGUUCAUUUACUUUUGCUGGACUUUUGGAAAAUAACUCAAGCUCUAAUAUUUUAUAAGAAACUGAAAAUAAUCAAGUUAAUACAAAUGAGCUAUUUUCGACAAAUGAAUAGCAAGCUCCGAAGAGAUAAAGUACAAAUGAUUCAGCAAGUGUUAAAAGCAAUUAAAAAUCUUCUUCCAAUAUAGUUAAUUCUAGAACUUCAAGCAGCUUUAUUCCAACUACGUUUAGUCGUAUAAGAAAUUUUAAUGGAUUAUCUGGGUAAAAGUCCACUACUUUAGAAAGGACAGAGGACUCUUCUUAAUCUUAUGCGAAAAAGACAUUAAGAGGAAUAAGCACUUUCAAAAAGUUAGAAGAACUGAAUCAAAAGUCACUUGAAAAUGAUGAGGAAUAAAAGUAUGAUAGUAAUAAAAAUCCUGCUUCAUGGUAUAGAGGAAGAUAGAUGAAUGAUUAUACUAAUAUAGUAACGAAAAGUUAAGAAAUAAGUAGCUCUGAAGAAGAUUAAAAUGUAAUGAAUCUUUAGGAUCUAAUAAUGCCUCAGAGAGAUCGUAACAAAUUAAAAUCUAUUAAGAUAAAUAAUUUAUGA